AUGAGCAUACGACAGUCAUACGAUAAUUGUGGAACGCUUUCAUUGUUACCCACCUUUGGACAACGUCAGGACAAGUUUGCUUUGGAAAGCAUAUCUUUGGUUUAUGAGAACACCAGAACCUCUUCCCGAAUCUAUUUCUCAGCUGCAAAUCUCUCAUCUGCUUUUACGUUGCUUCUUGCUGGACGUUUCCACCUUUCUCUUUCUCAACAGCAAGACAUGAAGGCGACUGCUUGCGAUCCAACGCGCCCAAGUCUUCCUCCUCCAUCUGCGUGGCAGUACCGCAUCGAAGGUGGGGAAACGGUGGUGUUUUGCUAUUCCCCGAAGCGAUGCGAAAAGUUGCAUGGACAGGCCCGUCAGGUUUUAUGUAUCACCAUUAUGUCUGCUCGAGCUCACCGCGCACCACCCAAGCAUCACAAGCGUCCAGCACACCAAGCCCUGUUUCGCCGGCACCUACGUCGCUACUUGUUAGAGCCGGUUUAUGUAACCCUUUCAGAGUCGUAUGUCAAGCAACUGGCUACCGCGACAGAGCCUUUACGCCCAAUUGCACGUCGAAAGGUGAAGAAUUUCGGAACCGCAUCGCCGUUAGCGAAACUGCUUCCUGACCUUGCGUUGUGGUUUGGAGGAGAGACGCUGCUCGUGGAGAUCAAACCCAAGUGUGGCGUGCUGUCCCGCUCCGCGCUCGUCCAUCCCGACAUUAAUGAUGCGCUUCAAAAAUUCAAAAUUCCGCCCUACUACUUCACAAACUACUUGUUUCCGAGUUGCGGUCGCGAAGCUAUGGACUUUCCAGACCAGGAGCAUCGCUAUGAUCCUUUAAAAAUGCUGCUCGGUAUCGACAUUGAAUUGCAGCUGAAGAUUUUGCACGAGGAAAGGUCUCGAAGCCUUCGCAUCUUCAACCGCGGCGCGCGCCUAUCGCACGAAGAUGCCACGUGCGCCUGCAACGAUGGUUUGUGUACUCUAGCGCUUGGCAUAACCGCUAAAGCUGUCGCCGACGAGUCACGCGACGGAGAACAUUGCUUUAGAAAGCUGCUCGCCGUGCAGCGCCAUGACUACCUUGACAAUAUCGGGGCCGGGUUGCUGCUGAAACAUCUGAUCAGUAUGGUCGGGGUGGCACGGGCUUACGAGAUGAUAGAACAAUACGAGUUCAUGCGCGGGGCUGAAAAGUGGACUGCGGAGGAUGAGAGUGAGUUUCGCGCGUCGAAGCAGAUCAUCAGUUACGAGACGGCGGAGGAAGCGGACCGGCUGCAUUCGCAUGAGGGGUACUUCCAUGCAACCGAGGAGGUGGCGCGUAUGAAACCGAAUGUAUGCGCGAGGAUGCUAGCGGAGUUCAUGCAAGCGGCGGCGGCGAAAGACUGCUCUUUCAUGAUAUCCAUGUGCCGCGAAGACAAGGCGGAAAUCAGGCAGGGAAAGGCUGGACGCGAUGACAAAACAGGAGGGUUUGUACAGCACGAGGGUCGAAAAUGGCUGUACUGCGUGCAUGUCAUUGAUACAGGCCCCAAGCCCGUGGACAAGCUCUUGCUCAAAUGGCCCGCCGUGGAUUUGGAGUUAAGGAAGAGUGUCUUCGCAGCGGGAGGGCUUGACAAAUUGAUCUCCCCAAGCUUCGAAGACUGCCAAGAAUCGUGA